CCCACCCGCCGGGAGCUGGCGGGAGAGGCGACCUGUCUUACAGAGAUGUCAGUAAUGAUGGCCUGCUGGAAACAGAAUGACUUCAAUGAUAAAGCUUGUGCUGAGGAGAUCCGGACGUUCUAUGACUGCGUGGCAAGGGCAGAAAAGGAGCGCAAGGAAAAAAAGGACGAGUACACUCUGUCACACAAGGGAAACAUGCCUUCAAGCACAGUGAACAGGCUGCUGAGGAGGUUUCCUAAUAUUACACGUUAUGUGUGAUGUGCUUUGCUAAAGGGACUAUGGACAAGCAGUUAAAGUUGGCGUUUUUGGAAAAUAAAUGAAAAAAGGGUUUAAUGAAUGUUUAAUGUCAAGUGAUGUCUGUCAACACUGCUGGGUGGAUCUCGACUUCAUGUUUUAUGUCCAGAGUGGAAAAAAAAAUUCCAUCGUGAUUGUCGGCUGAGUUUGUUCAUGAGGUUCUUGGAUCUUCUGCUCUUAGGAUUUUUGCAGUGAGUUGUCCAACCAGCCACUGUGUGGAGUAAUGUACUCAAUGUGAAAUAAAAUCUUCUAGGAAUUGUGUAAACCUA